AUGGGCGAUAUGUUAUCGUGUGCGAUAUAUCGUCAAAGAAAUUCCUCAUGGUAACAAUUUGUCAUCUCGCGAUAAAAACGAUAAACUCCCGCCGGUGACGUGUACUGGGCGUGACACACCUGCAGUCCAACCCACGUGCGAGCCAUGCGCAAACAACAAGCAUGGCGGAAGGUGGAGGAGAAGUGCCGCAAGACCUGGUUCCUAAAAGAGGCUCCAGCUCCGUUAUCUGGAACUGGUUUGGAUUCAAAAAGUCUGAUACGGAGCAGAAAGUCGUAUUAUGCAAAGUUUGCAGACAACCUGUGACGACAAAGGACAGCAACACUACAAAUUUAUUUCACCACCUCAAACACAAACACAAACCGGAAUAUGAAGCUAGUCAGAAGAUGCGCUGCGAUGCAGCAGAAGCCUCGACGAAAACCUCUUUUAAGAAACCAACUUCAACUCAAACAAAACUUGCCGACGCGUUUUCUCAUUCCACACCGUAUGAUAGCCAAAGCAAGCGAUGGAAAGAGUUAACAGAGGCCGUUGCGUUUUGCCUGGCUAAAGAUAUGUUGCCGCUUCAAUCUGUGGAGAAGGAGGGUUUCAGGCGUAUGGUCCACAAAAUGGACGCACGAUAUAAGAUGCCUUCACGGAAAUAUUUUUCCAAGACAGCCUUGCCUAAGAUGUAUGACGAGUGCCGUGAUGGGCUACAAGCGAAGCUAUCAACAGUGACGUUUUUUGCUUCAACCACAGACAUGUGGAGCAGCCGAGCGACUGAGCCAUACAUCAGUCUUACGGUGCACUACAUAACAGAUGACUGGAGUUUAAAUAGCAGCUGCCUACAGACGAGUUUUUUCCCGGAGGACCACACGGGUGAAAAUAUUGCGAGUGGUUUGAAACAAUUUUUACAAGAAUGGAAACUUGACGAGGCCAAACAGGUGUGCCUGACCACGGACAGUGGGACCAACGUUGUCAAGGCAGUGGCGUUGAACAAGUGGACAAGGCUGUCCUGCUUCGGACAUAAUCUGCACAUUGCUGUUGAGAGAAGCAUGAGGGACAGCAGAAUUGACAGAGCUGUGGGAGUCAGCAAGAAGAUAGUCAGCUUGUUUUCACAUAGCUGGAAAAGGCAACGUGCUCUUAAAGCUGCACAAGAGGAGCUUGGACUUCCUCAACAUAAACUGGUGACCGAAUCUCCAACACGAUGGGGCUCCAGGCAGAGGAUGAUUCAGCGGCUUCUUGAACAAGAAAAGGCCAUCACACAAGUCCUGGCUGCUGAACGGUCAACCAGGCAUCUGGUGCUGAAGUGGCAAGAUGUUGACGUUCUUGAUGCUGUCAGCAAGGCAUUAGGACCUCUGCUUGAUUUCACAGAUGCCCUCUCUUCAGAGAGUUAUGUGACAGUGUCAUGCCUGAAGCCUAUUCUUCACCUUUUCAGUAGCAAGCUUCUACAGGAGAAGGAUGAAGAUUCUGAUCUCACCAAAACCAUCAAAAAGUCAGUACUGGACUAUCUGACAACAAAAUACAGUGACCCAGAUGUUGUGGAGCUGAUCAACAUGGCAUCAUUUCUGGAUCCACGCUUUCGUACACAGCACCUAAGUCAGGAAGAGAUCCAGGUCAUCAAAGCCAAAGUGGUCACAGAGGGGGAACCUGUGUCUGCCAUGCCAAGUGGCCCUGCUGCUGCUGCUGCCUCUGAAACAUCACCUCAGUCUGCUGAAACAGGCCAGGGUCAAGAAACUGAGGACAAACAACAGAGGAAGAAACAGAGGAAGAGUCUGGGAAGCUUUCUGAAACAAGCAGCUGCUGCUGAAGUCUCCACCAGUGUCUCCUACAGUGACAGAGUUGAGGCCGAACUAAGCAGUUAUUUAUUUGGACAACUGGCAGACAGUGAGAGCGAUCCACUUGCAUGGUGGGAAGUGCAUGAGGUGAAUUUCCCUCUGAUGAGUCAGUUAGCAAAGAAGUACCUGUGCAUCCCUGCAACAAGUACAGCCUCAGAAAGGGUCUUCAGUGCUGGAGGUAAUGUGGUAACUUGCCAGCGAUCUCUUCUGAAACCAGCCACAGUUGAUAUGCUGGUCUUUCUAACCAAAAAUCUAAAGGUGUAAGGCACAUACAGAUGCUCCUGUCAGCUUUAUUUAUACACUGUUGCACAGAGAGGUAUUUCAGUUUUUAUAUUCUGUUUAAGUUUAUUGAAAUUAUUUAUUUUUAUUUCAUUGUUUAGCAUGCUGACGAUGCUGCUAGUCUUAUUUUUACAUUUUUGCACAAAGUAUUUCAGGUUUUACAUGUUUGUUGGAUUUUAUUGUUGUUUUAUUGUAUUGACAUUAUUUCUAUUUUAGUAUUUAGAUUUUUCAGUUUUUUCCCCUUUAUUUAUCAUGCCAUUUGCACAUUUUUUAGUUUUAAUUUUCAGUGAAAUACUUUUAAGUUCUGUUUCUCAAUUUAUCAGGUUGUAUUUACAGUUGCACUACUUUGAAACUUUUAUAAGCCAAGUUGUAUUUGCUGUGUAGUUUACAUUCUUGCACAAAAUAUUUCAGGUUUUACAUGUUUGUUAGAAUUCAUUGACAUUAUUUCUAUUUUAGUAUUUAGAUUUUUCAGUUUUUUCCCUUUAUUUAUCAUGCCAUUUGCACAUUUUUUAGUUUUAAUUUUCAGUGAAAUAUUUUUAAGUUCUGUUUCUCAAUUUAUCAAGUUGUAUUUACAGUUGCACUACUUUGAAACUUUUAUAAGCCAAGUUGUAUUUGCUGUGUAGCAUUUAAAUAAAUGUGAAAUUUGUUCUCAUAUUUCAGGCUUGUUUGAUUGGUUUGAUAUAUUAGGCUGAUAUUGUGUUUUUGUUUUGUUUUUUAUCGUCACUUAUCGUUAUCGUGGUAAAACCUAGAAAUUAUCGUGAUAAAUUUUUUAGUCCAUAUCGCCCA